UCACUUUGCCACCACCACCACAUUCUCACGUUCAAAUCUUCAAAACACUCCUUUAAUUUGCGAUUGGUAUAUGUUAUGGAGGACCACACCUCAAAUGGCAAGAAGCGGAUCCGAGACAACUCGGACGACUCGGAGCAUGACUCGGCCGAGGUUAAGCGACUCAGAGAAGACCUACUGGGUUUCCUCGACGACUCGGAACCCGACGCGGCCACUCAGGACCUCGACUCGGUCAUGAAAAGCUUCGAGGAAGAGAUUGGAUCCACCACUUCAUGUCCGACGUCGCCUCGUCCGUCGCCGGCCACGCCGUCGGCUCCGGUACCGGUGGUCGAUCUGACGUCAGAUUCCGGCGAGUCCAAUCCGGACCUUGGUUACCUUCUAGGAGCCUCAGAUGAUGAGCUGGGUCUCCCUCCGUCGGAGAACUUUAGCGAAGUGCUGGCAGAAGGCAGAGAGACCGAGUUGGUCCGAGUUUCGUCUGACUCGUCCGGAAUCGACGAGUUUUGGCGAUUCGACGACCACCCUCCGAGUUACGACUCGUUCGAGUUAGGAGGCCAUGUUCAUGACAGUAGUACCGACUACGUGGCGUUCGAUGGACUGUUUGGGAAUUCCGACGUCUACUUUGAUUCGUCUGAUUACACUGAUUUUUCGUGGCGUUUCGAAACACUACCGGCGCAGUAGUACGAAACGAAACGGGAAAGUUUAUGUCGGACGGAAUAUAUGAUACUGCACCGAUUUGUAAAUUUGUUUCUUUAAUUUUUUUUAAAGACAUUUUAGGGAAAUUGAUUAGCAUACUGAAAAGGGAAAAGACAUUAGGAGGACUGUAGGACUAGGCUCGUAUGAAAGAUGCGUAUAUGUCACAGGUCGCAAGGAAAUUGAUUCGCGCCAAAAAGAAAAGAAAAAUGAAGAAGAAAAGAAUGGUUCGCUUUUUUAAUAGCGGUCAUAAUAUUCAUAAUGAACCCCUCGAGGAAAUCUAUUCUUGCGAAAGAAGUUAUCCAGAUUUAUUUGGUUCCAUAAUUAUGUAUCAAAAGUAUUGGGAAAAUAUGUGGAAUCCGGGGCAAAAUAUUUUGUGCAACCUAAAUAAUUCAGAUGUUUGCAGUA